CAUGACGUAAUUACGUCGUGCCGACCGGAAGUAGGACGUUCACGUUCUUGCACAGCCUAUCUUUGUGUCGCCUUCUUGUCAUACGAUUAUUAUUCGUUUCAUUCAAAAAAAUCUUUUUUGGGUCACAUUUUCUGUCGGAGAAGAAGGGUCGUCGUCACGGCCGAGGAGCUGGUUCUUACGGUCACAGUUGUGCGCGGGAGCUUCAAUGACCAUGAGGUGACGACCGUGUGCUUCAACAAGCCCGCGCGGUGGACAUAUGGCACGGAUCACGUUGUGGUUCCUGCCGGCGUCCUGGUACUGCGGCGUGGCCCCCAGGCAGAAGCUGCUGCUGCUGCUCCUGCUGGCCGCCUCGGUCCUGCUGCUCCUGGGCCCUCAGCAGAGGUUCCUUUGGGGCCCCCACAGACCACACGGGGCUCGCUUCAGCAAGUACCUCUCCAACGCCGAGUCCAUGGAGGCCACUGACGUGCAGGACGCGGGCCUCAACUACGGCGUGGUGGUGGACUGCGGCAGCAGCGGCUCUCGCGUGUUCGUGUACUACUGGCCCCCCCACAACGGAAACCCCCACACGCUGCUCGACAUCCGGCAGAUGAGGGACCGUGACCGGCAACCUGUCGUCAAGAAGAUUAAGCCGGGCAUCUCCACGCUGGCAACGUCUCCGACUCGGGCCAGCGACUACAUGCAUCCUCUGCUCAACUUCGCCGCCACCCACGUGCCCCAGAACAAACACAAGGAGACGCCGCUUUACAUCCUCUGUACCGCCGGCAUGAGGCUACUGCCAGACAGCCAGCAGGCAGCCAUCUUGGAUGACCUGGUGAGCGACAUUCCUCUGGACUUUGACUUCCUUUUUUCCCGCUCUUACGCUGAAGUCAUCUCUGGGAAGCAGGAAGGCGUUUAUGCGUGGAUCGGUAUCAACUUCGUGUUGGGCCGCUUCGACCAUGCUGACGACGAGGACGCCACGGUGGAGGUGACCACAGGCUCGCAGCACCAGCGGCCAAUCAGCCGCCGCCGCACCGUGGGCAUCAUGGACAUGGGCGGAGCUUCGCUGCAGAUCGCAUAUGAGGUGCCCAGCGCCAUCACCUUCAGCUCGCCACAAGAGGAGGAGGCGGCCAAGGGCGUCCUGGCCGAGUUCAACCUGGGCUGCGACGUGGAGCACACGCAGCACGUGUACCGCGUCUACGUCACCACCUUCCUGGGCUUUGGCGGCAACAUGGCCCGACAGCGCUACGACGACCAUAUCGUCAAUGACACCCUGGACAAAAACAGGUUACUCAGCACUCAGACGGGCCUGAGCGAGGACAAACCUUACCUGGAACCCUGCUUGCCCCUCGCCCUGUCGCACACGGUGGUCCGAGACAACCGCACCUUGCACCUGAGAGGCCAGGGAGACUGGGCCCUGUGCCUGGAGGCCGUCCAACCCUUCCUGGGCCUCCGCAACGGCACCAUGACGGCGGCAGGGGGCGUCUACCAGGCCCCCAUCAACUUCAGUAACAGCGAGUUCUACGGCUUCUCAGAGUUUUACUACUGCAUGGAGGACGUGCUGCGCAUCGGCGGACAGUACGACAGCGACAAAUACUCAAUGGCCGCCACGAGCUUUUGCGCCACCAAAUGGUCGACACUGAAACAGCGUCUGGACAAGAAGCUUUUCGCUCAGCAGGCCGACAUCGACAGACUCAAGUAUCAGUGCUUCAAGUCAGCGUGGAUGUUCCAGGUUCUGCACACCGGCUUCCGCUUCCCCAGCGACUACCACAGUCUGAGGACGGCGCAGCUGGUCUACGACAAGGAAGUGCAGUGGACGCUGGGAGCCAUCUUGUACAAGACGCGAUUCCUGCCACUCAGGGACCUCCAGGCGCUACACCAGAGCCACCCCAGCUGGCUGCGUUCUUCCUUCGUGUACAACCACCACCUGUUCUCUCUGUGCCUGUUGGUGGUGGUGUUGGCCAUUUUGCUGUACAUUCUACGCCUGAGACGCAUCCACCAGCGAGAACAGCGGCAGAUCGACACACUGGACAUGCUUUGGGCCGACGAAGGAGAGGUGCUCAUACCCUGAGAAUUGCCAUAUUGCGAUUUUUAUAUAGUGGACUACAUAGGUCACGAAAUAAAAACUCCUAUAUAGUGAUUAGGGAGUAGGGAAUGAAUUAUUCACCAUUCCUUACUCACUAAUCACUAUAUCGACAUUUACUAUAUAAAAAAUCUCAAUAUAGUGAUUACACAGAUUGGGGAUGAAGCGAUGGCAUCGUCCUGUCCUACUUGAAUGAUUCCCUCAUUGACACUUUAUUGCAGGGGUGGGCAAACUAUGGCGUGAGCUCUAGUUAAUUGAUUUAUUAUAGGUAAUAAAAUGAGAAGGUUUUGUAAAAAUCAACAAAUUCACACAUUCAAAUAAAUUACAUAAUUAUUUUAGCCAUUAUUGUUUUUACAAUUUAUUAAAUAAUUGGUUAAUUGUAAUUAUUGGUGAAUUGAUUUAUUAUGGAUAAAUUCAAGUAAAUAAAAGGAUCAGUUGUACUUUAUUUGAUAAAAUAAUUGGUUGUUAAUAGGGAUGGGAGAGUAACGAUACCGGCCUUAUUUCAAGGUUUCGGGUACUUGUGAGGCCUGCCAAUACCAGCCACCGUGACUUAAGGCAAAAAAUAAAUCUGACAUGAGUAAGUCCUCCUUGCUGGUAGUUGGGGGCUACAUUGCGGCCGUUUGACACAUCAGCGAAUCAUCGUGUGCGUCAGAAAGAAAGGUCUUUGUUCACAAUUACAUGUCACUGUGUUCAUUGAAAUUUUGUGUACCAAAAUUACAAGUGCGAUCCGUACUUGGUAUCAGUGAGUACUCAAGAGUGAAUACUUGUAUUGGUUUUGGUCUGAAAAAAAGUGGUAUCAAACAUCCUUUGUUAUGAUGAAAUAAUAAAUAAGAAUGAAAACUUGUAUUAAAACAUACAAUUUUAUAUAAUUUACAUACGUUAUAAUUUUGACAGUCAUUUUUGGGGAAAACAAGCAAAAAAAAAAAUUCAGCAAAGUCCAGUUGCCUCCAUUCAACCUUCACGGAGAAACAAAACUACU